AUGGCAAAUGAAGACAUCAGCGCCCUUAUCGAUUGCCACUCGGACCCACUGACCGAUGAAGACCUUGAGAUGACAAAGUCUGCGAGUGAGGAAGAAAACAAAGAGGAAAACGUAGAAGAAACUGAAAAGCGUGUCUUUACUCUAGAGAAUCUGCAACGAUUUGCACAAGAGAUUGACGACAAUAUGGUUCGAGCUGUCGAGUUCAGCAAUCGCAAUGAUGGGAAUAUAAAGAAGAAAUUUACUUCUCGUGAUAUUGAUACUUUAACUGAUGAGCAGCUUAUUGCAACCAUAGGACCAUAUGGAGAAGUUGAACUUACAUUAGCUACAGAUAAUAAGUGUGUAUCCACAGAAAAUGAUGGUCAUGGCGACAAUCCAUUUGCUGGUCUUAAACACGGCUCAAUAUCUACUCCUUUCCAAAAAGAAAAUGUUUUGCCCUUCUUAACUCAGAUAACAAAAUCUAGCAAAGUUCAUACUUCAUCAUGCAAAUCUAAGAAUAUAUAUGAAAAUGUUCAGCUAGCUAUGGAGGAAAAUAAUGACAAAGUUGUAAUUUCAUCAAGCGACUAUGGAACUGCUCAAAGUAAUAACUGUAGUUGUUUGUCUGUUAUGAGUCCAUUUGAUGAAAAGGCAGAAUGGGCUGAAAUAGCUGAUAUCAUGGCAUCAUUUGGAGGUAGUAUUGCAAGGGAGUCAAUUUUUGCUCAAGAUGUUGAACCUCACUUUGCUCAAAAUUUUAAAUCAGGUUCAAGCUGUUCUCGAAAUUCAUUUUCGUUUAAUACUAUUGAGCAGUGGCUUUCUCAUAUUGGAUUACCUCAGUAUGAAAAUAUUCUAAUUAUAAAUGGCUUUGAUGAUGUGAACUUCUUGGGUGGAAAAAUUCUUGAAGAAGUAGAUCUUUUAGAGAUUGGCAUCCAUAAUGCUUCAGACAGACAAAAGUUGUGUUCUUCUGCUCAGAAAUUGCCAUCCAUACAACCUGUGAACAAGUAUAAAGGAACUGAAAAUUUUCCUAAGUCUGUUGAUGAAUGGUUAAAAUCAAUCAAUCUACAAGAAUAUAGUGAAAACUUUUCUAACAAUAACAUAACUGAUAUGGAUCGAGCGCUGAAACUGUGGGAAGUUGAAUUGAAUACUGUUCUUAAAAUACCAAAGUUAGGACAUCGAAAACGUAUUCUGGCAUCUCUUGGUGACAAGCAUUUUGAUAAUUUUUUGGAUACUAAUGAUCUAGACUUAUCAAAAUUGACUUUAGAUUUGUCAGAAUUAGAAGUUCCUGACAAUGAAAAGUCAAGGUAUUGUAUAGUGAAAGCAUCAUCAAAGUCAUCAUAUGACAGCUGCACUGAUGCAUCUAAUAAACCAUAUUUAAGAAUAAGGUCUCCAACUCAGUUGAUGAGUGAUUCCCAAGACUUGGAUAAAAGCUGUCAGCAAUCUGUAAUUGAAGCACAGUGGCGUCACCAUCCAGAUGAGCUUGUGAUAAAUAGCUGCAAUUACAUGGCAAAGUACUUAGGUUCAACUUUAGUGAAGGAACUUCAAGGCUUAGAAUCUACAAAAACAUCUAUUCAGAAGCUAAAAGCUUCAACUAAAGAUAUUGCCAAGAUACCUAAUAUUAUCCUGUCAAUAUCAUAUUCUGGUGUGAAAUUUAUUGAUGCUGAAACUCAACAACUUGUUUGUGAGCAUGAGAUACGAAAUAUUCACUGUGCUUGUCAAGAUGCUGAUGAUUUACGUCAUUUUGCUUACAUUACCAAAGAACAUCAAACUCAUAAUCAUUAUUGUCAUGUAUUCUCUUCACAUAGUGUAGAUUUGGCCUCAGAAAUAAUUUUAACGCUUGGUCAAGCAUUUGAAGUUGCAUACCAAAUGGCUAUGAAAGAAAAAGCUGAAAGGGCAUGGCAUGCUGAUUCCCGAAAUACUGUGAGUUCAAAAGGAAUAUCUUCUUCAUGACAAAAUUUGUUACACAGUGAUCAUUUCCUGUAUAGCUAUGGUCUGUUUGUAUUGGGCAUUUGUAUAUCAUAACAAUAUUAUUUUAAACAUAAAUCCUGUUUGUAAAUAUUUUUUUAUUGAAAAAGUUGUUUUAUUCCAGUGUUUUAAAUUUUUAAAUAAAUAAAAAAAUAAGUAAUUGGAGGUUAUAAGUGAUGGAACUGGCGAGUUGUGCCGUAGGGCAAGUGCUUUAGCUUGCCUUUUACCUUUUAAUUAAAAAUUUGUUUUUAAAAACCUGAUUUCUGUCAUAAUGCAUUUCAUUUGAAUAAAAUUGUAUUACUUUGCUGUAUUGAUGUUUAAAAUCAUUUCUUGCAAAUAAGAACUAAAUAUAUCAAAAUGAACUUUUUAAUGUUAUUCAUAAUAUUUGAUGAAAAUCAUAUUGACUUUCAAUUGAACCUCAGGAAUCGCCCCCAACUGAGCAAAAGCAUGCAGAGAAAAUGUGCUGUGAACACUAGUUAUCUCUUUCACCUCUUAUUUGAACCUAAGAAAUAUUUAUGAAGUUAAACAAUGUGAAGACCACAUUCGUGUUGAUAUAUGCAACCUGCAUGCAUUAUUUUGCUUAAUUUUGAAAGUCAAUGAAGUGUUUUUAUGUUUAUGUAUGAGCUGCUAGUCUGCAUUUAUUAGAAAAGUUCAUGAAAUUCAAAGUUUAUAGGUACUAGUCUAUAUAGGAAAAUGUUAAGAGUACUUAUCUUCAGCGUAUCUAAUACUUCUGUAAUAUUUUACAUCCGUAGAGUGAUUUUGUUAUGCCAUUUAAAAUAUUCUGUUUUCUCUAUUCCUAUGCAGCACUUAAGUUUAUGUGCUUUUUGCAUCAGUUCUGUUGUUAAUUUCCAUUUCUGAGCACUUUUUAUUUACAAUUUCUUCUAAAUGUGUUCAUAUUUUAAAAUUUCACUGAGAGAGUUAAUGUAUUUUGAUUUUAAAAAAAAACUGGAAAUGAAAGUAAAAAUUGAAAAUAAGAGAGCACUUGCAUCCAUGUUCUUAACUACUACUGUAUAUUCUGUGUAUCAUGAACAAAAUAUAAUUGGCCGAAAAAAUUUUAAUUUAUGUCAUCCUGUCAAAAAUUCAAUAAUUUAAGUUCUUCCCCUAAACCUUCAGAAAUAUUGUGAUAAUCGAAUUAUUUUUAAUCAACAGUGCUUCAUAAUUUGUAAUUGCUGUAUCUGUCUUUUGCAUAUAAUACAGGUGUAUCUUAAACCUCCGCAGAGAGCCUUUAAUUCAGUUAUUUGUGUUCUAAAUGCUAUUAAUCCUAUUUAAAUGUUUGAAAGUGUGGCAGAUCUGUUUAAAAAAAGGAAGCACAUUCAAAAUGAGAUUUUUUUUUAAAAAAUUGCAAUAUUAAUCAGCCAAUCAAGAUACUUGUGUAUGUCUUCCAAAAGCAAAGUUCUUGAAAUGUUUAUGCAAUGAUUCUCUUUUCAUUAAAUUCAUUUCCAUUGCCCAUAAUUUAAGUCUCUUUUGUUAUAUUAUUUACAUUUUGCUGAAAUGAUUUAGAAAAUCAAGUCUAUGAUUGUUGUAUUCGUGGAGAAUAACUUGUAAGUUUACCAGUGCCUAAAUAGAAUUUGCAUUGAAGUUUUAUGAUUGUUUAAAAUCAAAUAAUGUAGUAAAAUUUUAAAAUAUUUAGUUGACUGAAGCUUUGAAAAGUAGAUCUUUACCAGACUGCUGGAAUAUUCAGCAAUGUAUUGAAAUGUAGUACUGAGAAACCAAUGAAAAUAUCAUGGAAUGUUAAAGUUUUUGGAGAAACAUCACUCCUUUUAACUCCGAAUUUGGAAUUUAAAAUUGUAAGUGGAUUUAACUUUGUAAGAGGUUAAGUCCAGAUUUUCAAAGCCUAAAUCAAAUAAAUAUCCUUUUGCAUCAUAACCUUUUAUAUUAUGCAUCAGACAAUGCAGUAACCAUGAAAUAAAUAUCUAGCAUAAAUUUGCAGUUGCUGUAAAAUGUAAAAUAUAAUAUUACCAGGCUGUUGUUGUUCUAAGUUAAGUAAUACAAUGGAAGGAAUAGACAUUUUAAAAAUGAUUCAUAUGCGUAUGGCAGGUUAGUUUGCUAUGUCCUUUUUUGUACAUCUGUGAUUUGACUAACUUUUCAAUAUGCUGUUACAAAUUGUUUAGGAAUUCAUCUACUACAGCUAGUUAUAUUUGAUGGUUUCAGAAAAUGUGUUGUUAAAAUAACUAUCAUUGCUCUUUCUUUUUUUCCCCCCCUUUUUAAAUUUUAAUACAUUUUUAUUCUUUAAAAAGUUUACAGAUGUUUUAGGAUCACCAAGCUACAUGAAAUCUAGAAUGAGCUGUUCAUUGUCUUCAAAAUAAUAAUUUGCAUGUGUAGAAAUUGAUUAUUUGUUUCAUAAUGUCAUAUGCAAAAACUGGUAUACAAUACUUGUAUGAGUACAAGUAUAACAAUACUCGUCUUGAUGCUUUUAUAUAAAAAAACACAUUAAAACUCUUGUUAGUUUUUAUUCAUAUCCAAUGAAAUUAACCCUAAAAUUUUGGAUCCAUGUGUAUGCUUCCGUGUAAUUAUUUUAAAAUCUUGUUCAUUUUAAAGAUUUUUAUUAAUUGCGCAUUUUAGAAGGGAGAAUGUUGAUCUGAUCAUUUUUGUAAAAAACAUUUGAUCAUUUUUUUAUCAUUUUGAUCAUUUUUUAUCUUCAAAUGGAAAUUAGAUUUUGAAAUUAGUUUUUCAACAAGGCAUAGUAUAGGAUAGGACACUUAUUCUGGUGAGACCUACUUUAAGAAAUUUCAUUUAUUGCUGUUCAGAUAAUGGUCUGAUAUAAAACCAAGUUCUGCAAGUGCUGUUAAUAUUAUUUUUCUCGCUAUUUCUGUAUUUGCAUGUAUUUUUUUGUAGCUGUCUAACUUCUGUUGUGUUUUAAACUUACCAGAAUGUGGUAUUUGUUCUAAAUAUUUUACUUUGCUUGUAAAGCAAUGUAUCAAAUUUUUAAUACAUAAAUGUAAUAAUUUCUGAUUUUUUUUAAUUGAAGUGGUGUUUGUAUCAUACAUUUUAUAUUUUGUCAUUUAAAUGGUGUUAUGAAGUGGCCAAUAGUAAUGAAAAAGGCAAUCUUAGAUGUUCACUCUUGUAUAAAACAUGAAGUUGCUAGUUCAUAAUUGUAUAAUAAAUUUAAGGACCAGAUAAGUGCCAAGUUUGUGUAUAAAAGUUUUAAAUUGUUGCAUUAUUUGUUUUUGUAGGAAACUGAGUAUAUUAUUAUUUACUUCUGUAAUUAGUAGUCUAGAAUUUUGUAAAAUAAUAUAUUAAUUACAGUAUAUUACUGUUUUAUUUCUGUAUUGUUUUUUCUGUAUCAUAAUUACAAUAGAUAUUCAAGUACUCAAACCUUGAUUAAGUUGAAUUCAUUGUCAAAAAGUAGACUUCCAAAAUUAUUGUGAACUUUUCUAGAUAAAUAGAAAUUUUUGUCUUUUUCCCACUUCUUGCUACCUUAAACUUCAGCUUAUCAAAUUCAGCUCUAAUUCAAUACAAGUAAAUUAUAUCUCAUUUAGCAGAGAAAAGCAUAUGCUCAGGUGCACAAAUGAAUGUAUGUGAAAGGGAUUAGCCAAAAUAAUUUUCUCAAGAGUAUUUGAUAAAUUUAGUAUCUAAAAUGCAAUGUUAAUUUAUGAAAGUUUUGUUAGUCAUACUGUAAAACUUUAAUAAAAGGAGGAGCAAAUUUUAUUUCUCAUUGCAGCUAAUAAUCAACUGUUCAAACUCCUGUAUGUUUUUGUACCACAUUUUUUUUUUUUUACUUGAAAAUGUAAAUAGGACAGUGUUUUGCUUAUAUAUAUAUAUAUAUAUAUAUAUAUAGGUGUGUGUGUGUGUGUAUAUUUGUUGUAAGAUUUUUCUGGAUGCUGUCUUUCAUAUCACAAUUUUGUUUCAGAUUUUUAAGUAUUGUAUUUUCCUCUCAAGCAACUGGUAUGGUAUGCAACGAAAUUAAAAAUGUGUAAUCUUCAUUUCAGCAUUUUUUUUUCCUUAAUUAUUUUUUUAUUCUGAAGCCGAAAUCAAGGAAUUAAUACUACUGAUGUGUUUUAGUGAAGCUCCCAAACUCGUUUCUUUAUUUCGAGGACUUCCAAACAAAUUCCAGGUAGUGAAUCUUUGUACUUGCCUAGUAAAAAAAAAUUAUCUGAGCUAGUCAGGUGUAGGUAACAUCCUAAGCAUCCAUUAUAGAAAGAAACCUGAGAAACAAAAUAAAGCUUCUCAAACUAAUAGUGUUCAACCUUUUACAUUAUCUGCAGAACAUAUCACUUAAGUGUGAGGGGAUGUUUAUUUAUCUAAAAUUGGUUUAAACUGUGAUUGAUAUGGAAAUUACAACUAGAUAAAAUAGAAACGAUAAAGACAAGAAAAGUAAUUUUUGUGUUAUAUUUUAUGUGAGUAAAAUUUUCUUCAUAAUCUGCCAUUUAUGUUUAGAUAGUUAUUUUUCUGUAUCAUUAAUUGAAGCUGAAAAUUUUCUGUUGAGGUGAUUAAAAUUUGCAUUGAAUUUAUUAAAUCAGAAAUCCAAUUAGUGAAUAAUUUUGAGCUAUUUUUUGUUACUUUGAUUUUUCUUGUAGAAAAUGCUACCAAAAUCCCCUUUCUUCAAAAUAGAUCUUGGUGGUUGUGUAUAUUCCUAAGAAACUUUGAGUUAAUAAGCAUUUGACAUUCUGUUAAAUGCAUUAAUAUAGCUAAUAAAUUAAUUUACAAAUUUUAGAUUUUUUAGUUUUUAGUUCUGUUUUAUACUGUAUGAAAUUCUCAAAACUAUAUUCUAGUUUUUUUUUUUUUUCUGUGCAUUUAAUAGAAGCAUACAAAUUUUAAAUUAAAGUUUCAUUGUAGGAAUAAUAUUUUGUGAAUUUCAAAAUGUGCAUUUCUUGUUUCAUUUUGUGAUACCUAUCUUUGGGUACAAGACUUCUCAAAAUAUUUGUGUCAAGAAAGGUGAAUUUCACAUGCUAUUUCUAUCAUUGUUUUAAUAUACCACUAAAUUUGAUAGAAAAUCGAAAGAAAAUAAACGAUUUCAGCAUAACUUUGAACUGCUUUUAUUUUUUGAAGAACACAUAACAAAUGAAAUUUUAGGAAAUUGAAAGGCCCUGUAUUUUAAUAACGCUUAUGCAUUUUUUUUUUUUUUUUUAACAUUUUAAGAUGCAAAGUAAGAAUUAAAUUAUAUAAAAUGCAAAAAUUUUUUUCCUGGUAUUUCUGAGGGAAAAUCUGGUUGAAUAAAUGUUUGGGCUUCGUAUAUCUAAUUAACUCCAUGAUGCCAUGUAAGACAUAUUAUACAUUAGUAUCACCUUUAAGAUUAAAUUUGUUAUAAUAUUUUUUAAAAUUAUUAUAUGGAAGUAAUGUAUGUAUUAGCAACCUUUAUUUAUUUAUUUGGAAAAACAGCAUAUAAUUUGUGUUUUAUGUAUCAUUUUGUAGAAUACCAGGUGAAUGUUUAUCAAAAUUAAACUGAAGAAAUAUGUAAUACAUUGUUGGUGAUAAUUUGUAAUUACUCAUGAAAAAUAUUAGUUCUUAGGUUGUUUGUAUAAAUACUUACAUACAUACAUACACACACAGGUGCACUUAUGAUCUUAUAUCAUUUUGAAAUUAAUACUGUUUUUUUGGAAAUUGUCUUCUGCAUUGGUAAUAACUCUGACACAAAAGUUAUAUCUAAUUUUCUCUCUCACUUUUAAAAAGAGUAGGGGAAAUAUAUUUUGAAGGCCAAUAUUUAACCUCCUCCUUCUUCCCUUUCUUUCCAGUGUGUAGAAUGUUGUUUAUAUAGUGUUGUUGGGCCUGCAGAAAAUGAUUGGAAAGCAGCAAAAAAAAUCUGUUUUAUGUAUUAUUUUUGGUCAAAAGCGUAGAAAAUACGUCAUUUAUUUUAUUCUAUGAUCGCAUUGAUUAUAAAGUUGAAGCCUUUAAUUUCAGUACCACCUACAGAAUUAUAAAAUAAUUUGGUUAUAUGUCAAUGAAGUUAUUGAAACAUGAUGUUCAAAUAUUUAUAGCAAUUUUUUUUAAUAAUUGACUCAUUUGUUAACAUUAGUAGAAGUAUUUAAAUGAAUAAUUAAAAAAUCUGCAGUUCUAAGAUGUCAUCAAUUCUAAGGUCAUUUUGUUUUUUAGCAACAUUUAUAUGAGGAAAGGAAGAUCUGUCUUAAGCGUGCCAUUUUCACAUAAUUCUGACUGCUGUGAAAUGUUUUAUAUUAAUUUAUUUCCAUUAAAAUAGUAAUAGAAAAUUUUGUUGUUCUCAAUUAAGUAAUAUCCAAAAUACAUUUAAUAUCUGGAUGAAAAUAAUAUAUUGAAAGUCUUGAAAAUAUUUCUAAUAGCAAAAUUCUUUUCAAUACAGUUGAAGUACAGUACAAAAUCUGAAGUAAGGAAUAAUUGGAACAUCAGCAAUUCUGAAUUUUAGAUCAUCAUAUUAAAUCUAGUAAGAUGACAUUUUUUUUUUUGCAGCGAAAUAAUCUACUCAUCUGGCAGGUUUACAUGAACAUAGAUCAGCCAGGAAAUCUUUAGUUUUUCAUACUGCAAAUGUGAAGCAAGACAUAGAAUAAUACUAAUACAGUGAAUAACAUUCAAAGUAAUAUACUUUUCAAUGCUUCGUUAUUUGUCAUCUUUGUCAGAUGUGCAUGUAGCUUUGCAAUUAGGUAUCUUGAUAACAUUUGCAAGUUUUGGGAUAUCUAACUCAAAUGUCCAAACUGGUAUGAUUCGUAUUAUUUCUUCAAAAUUUCAAUCAAAGUGGAGGAAAAUUCUCAUCUUUGAUAAAAACUAAACCAUUUUCUUCCAAAUUUUUAGACUUUUAUUGACUUUCUGUUCUAGAAUCGAGCAAGGUAUUCAUGGCUUCAUCUUUUCCCAAAGUACCGCAAUACAGUUUAUCUGAUAUGCUAUCAGUCGAGAUGAUUCAAAAGAAUUUGGCUGAGGUAAACCUGUGAGAGCAAAUCUUCUGAAGAAGUUAACCAGGUGUGAGAGUUGUAUAAUUAUUUUGAUCCUCAAACAAUAUAUACAAUGACUUGAAGUUGAGACAAGCUUCAAUUUGCAGGAUAAGUAUUGAAGAUUUGGCAUACAUUGGCAGCAUCAACAAGUAUAUUCUAUAGAUGAGAUUUCAUUGAUGAUUCCAAGGCUUUUAGAGUGACUUGAAAAUCCAGUUUUUACUUCAAUGCCCCAAAUCACUUUACUUAAAUUGAUUAAAAUAUUUGCUAAUGUCCAUUUUUGGUGCUGUGAAAUUUUUAUGCGGUAACUGUCAAUCUCAACAGGCCUUCCUUUUAUCAAGGUGAAUGUCUGAAGGCCGUUUUGAACACCUUCCACUGCUUCAUGAUGUGUUCUGAGAGUUCAGUAGAUAAUUCCAAAGACACUACAUAAACUGUAAUUUCUAGAUGCAGUAUAAAUCUCAGAUUUAGUAUAUACAUAAAAAAAAGCAAUGUAGCAUGAAAGUGCAUUAGUGAAAUUAUUGUUUCAUACAUGUUUAUGUAGCAGAUUAAAUAGGCUAUCAUAUACAGAAGCAUUCCUAGACUAUUCUGCACACUACUGCUUUUAAAAGAGGACUCAAAUUUUUCAGUCUUACUUUUCUAGAAUCAAGUUCCUUUAUCAGACAUUGCUGUUGGUUGAUCUGCUGUCCUGUACUGCCAACUUUUCUUUUCAGUAUUCAUUAUCAACAAUUUUUAUGGCAUCAUAUACUCGUGAUACUUUAGGGUACAUCAUGUAUAUUGUUGCCAUAAGUUUCUUAUACCACUUCAAACACAUUUGUGUUAAGCACAGAAAAAAUAUUAUAAGCUGGAUAUUUUUGUUAUAGAGUAUAGAAUUCCAAAUGUAUUUUAUGUGAUCAUUAAUUCAUGUAUAUUAUUCUUGUAAACAAACUUGUGCAUGCUUUUCCCUCUUCUAAAAGAAAUGAAAAUCCAUAGCAGCUUACAUUUUUGACCCCCUUAAAAAUUUUUCAGUACUAAUUUUUAAACCUUUGCGCAACUGAUUUGAUCAAAGAUACCAGCUGUGUUAUACAUGUUUUAAUCUUAAGACAAAUGCCGGUUCUUUAUGUCAGAAAUAUAAUUGUUUUUAUUUUUGUAAUAUAUGUAAUGUACCUUAGGGCUACCCUUACCAUGCAUGGCUUUAAAAUAAGCUUGCAGUUGUUCUUUCUGAUCGUCCUGAUUGUAUUUGGGUAAAUAUAUAUUUAUAUAGUUUUUUUACAUUUUAUAUUUAUAAUGUCCCAGGGUGCAACCAUCUUGAAUAUAUACAGUAAAAUCUCUCUUAACUAGAAAAGACAUUUUUCCUUAUAAUUCAAUAUAUAUUUCUAAAAGUUACCUAUUCUUAUUUUGGGAUGCCAUCUGCAGUGUAUUUUAGAAAAGCAAAAUCGUGUGACAUUUUAAAAUUACCAUAUAUAUUAUCCCAUGAAUUUUGCAAAUUUCUUAGUGUGAUGGCGUGUAAUGUCUGCCUGCCUACAAGAUUCUCACCGGUAGUUUUAAAAAUACUGUAUACAAUAAAUGUACAGAUAUUGUAUACAAUAAAGUAUACUGUAUCAUCUGUAUACAAUAAAGCUUCAUAAAAUGAUGUAAAUGCACAUUUCUUGGCAGAUCUUAUGAAAGUCUGCAAUCUUCAUCAGUUUGCUUCAAUAUAACUUUCAUUCUCUGUGUGUUACUUUCAAUAUCAGUCUCUCCCUUCUUAUCAUCUCUUUCCUUUCCAUUCCCACUAAAUGUCUGAUUGUUUCAUCAUCAUCUUGGGGUAAUGUGAUGGGAAUUAUCUAUAAGCAUCCAAGUCUGUACAUUUUCUUCACUGAUAUUAAUCAUCUUCGAACAUUAAAACUAAAUCCAAAUGUUGGCCAUGGAUGCCAGCUGUGUUUUAUUCUUUUCACUAAUGUUAACCCCCUUCUUAUCAUCUCUUUCCUUUCCAUUCCCACUCAAUGUCUGAUUGUUUCAUCAUCAUCUUGGGGUAAUGUGAUGGGAAUUAUCUAUAAGCAUCCAACACAUUUGUGUUAAGCACAAAUGUACAUUUUCUUCACUGAUAUUAAUCAUCUUCGAACAUUAAAACUAAAUCCAAAUGUUGGCCAUGGAUGCCAGCUGUGUUUUAUUCCUUUCACUAAUGUUAACCAUCUUCAAACAUUUAACUAAAUCCAAAUGUCCACCAUGGAUGCCAGCUGUGUUUUAAAAGAAAAGGAAUCUGAUUCUCUCCUUAUCAUCUACAAACAUGAUCAUCCCAGCUAAGGUUCAUUAAGUUGGGCUGCAGAAGCAUAAUACUUUAUACAGAGUACAGAUUUCUGUAUCUUCGUCAUUAUUUUCUGUUGUAUUCAAAUAUGCUCUACUUAAAGUGUCUGCUAUUAGUAAGUCUUUCCCCUUCGUGUAACGUACUUUUUUUUUUUACGUGUCAGUAGUGCCAUUAUUUUGAUAUUACCAGUUAAUUGGGUGCCGGUUUGGAGAGAUUUUACUGUACAUGCCAGAUUUAAAAUAUAUAAUUGUGCAUAUUAAUAUACUUUCAUGAUAAAAGUGUUCAUGAAAUAAACAUCUGUGGACAUUUUUCUUAUUAAUCGUGCAUAUUUUUAGGCAAGAAUCAUUUAAAAUUCAUAUUAGAAACGUAUAAUAAAACAUUCUUUCAGCUGUAUUUCAUCAUUAGAUGUUGAUCUAUAUUUCAUUUAGAGUAUAAGUUACUUCAAGUAACAAUUUUUUUCUGUGAACAAAAAAUAAAUGUUGUAUAAGUAUUGUAACUUUAAUCAAGAAUACCGAAAUCAUUUUAGUUAUUGAAAUUUCUUGUAUAUAUAUAUGUAUGUGUGUGGGGUUUAUUAUCUUUUUCAUCGUAUAAUUUCAUAUUAUAUCAUCAGUACUUUUUAAGUACCUUCAGUCGAUUUUUUGAUGCCAAAGAUUUAUAUUGUUUUAUUGCUGCAUUGAAUUUCUCAGACAUAAAUUAUUUUGGAAGAAAGUAUCUUUGUAUUUGCUCCUCCUCCUUAAAAAAUUUGUGAGAAAAUAAAUAAUGUAUUGUUAACUUUUUCUGAGUUUAUUCUAAUUGUAUAGCAUUUAGUUGUGAUAGUAUGAUCUCUUGAUGCUGGAGAUUUGAUAUUCUGAAUCACAGUUAUAACUGUUUCAUUUGUACCGAUAUCCUAUGCAGGUUUAGCAGUUGUAUUUUUAAUAAUUUGUAAUAACGUUGUGUGGCUGUUGUUUCUUAAAAAUUCCAAAGCUUGUAAAGAUACUGACAACCUGUUUUAUAUCUUUUUUUCUUAUGUUCGUAUAUCUUAAAAAUAUUAGCUUAGUUGGGAAGAUUUUAUGUCUGUUGUGUGGAUUAUACUGUGUUUGUCCUGUUAUAUUUUAUGCAAUCAGUUAAAAAAUAUCUGUAAUAUAUUUAACAUUUUUAUCACUGAAGUAUUUCUUUAAUCCUUUGUAGCCAAAGGAAAAAAGUCGUAGUGAAUAGUACUGAUUAAUAUGUAAGAUUAGAUGAGCUUAAAAUAUGCAAACUAUAAUGAUAUUUAAUCAUGCACAUAGAAUAUUUAUAUUUGCCCUUUGCAACAACAUUAUAUACUUUGAUAUUACAUUGCAAAGUAAUCCAAAGUAAUGCAUUGAAGUAAUGCAUGAGGCUGGGUGAAGGCAUAAAAUAUCUAUCUAGAUUUCAGAUGACGUUACAUAUUUGAGAAAUUGCUUUAAUUAUUUAUAGCUUUUGUUAAAGUUUAAAUGAUAAGGUGCAGCUCAAUAUUAUGUUUAAAUAGGGAGUAUAUCAUCAUGAAAAUAUGAGAUCCAGUAUUAUUUCAUUAUAUCAGUGCUUAAAACCAUUUCUUCCAUCAUAUUUUGUUCCAGAUAUUCACUUCUGAAUCUUAUUGUGACAUGUUUGUAAAUCUUCAGUUUAAUUUGUUGGUUAUGAAAACACUGCCGGGGGCUCUGUUGCUUUUGUAUGUAUGAUAAAAAAAGUGUAGAAAUUAGUUUUUGCUUGAACAUCUUUCGCUAACUUUGUAUUUGAGUAUACGGUAUUGAUAUAUGCAGUCAAAUGUGGAUUUAAUGAAUUACUGUGGAUCUACAAUAAAAUUUGUUAAAUCAAGAUUAUUCAUUGAAUUGGGAGACAGUAGACAUAGAAGUAUGGAGUUAACGCACAAAAGUUAUGUACCUUAAAAUGAAGGGUAUUGUGAUGUGAAUAUAUGGAAAGUGUUCUGUAUACCAAGUGUAACAAUGAUGCUCAUUAAAUAUAAUUUACAGAAUAAAUUAUUCUUUGGAAAAGAAA